AUGGCUCAUAUAUCAUAUCCUUUUAAGAAAAUUAAUAAAUCAGUCUUCCAAAAGCCGGCGUCUGUAACCACCAAAGAUGUUAUUUAUUGGAAAAAGCUUGGGUUACCAGUACUAGUUAAAGAAUUUGGUGCAAUAGAUUACAUUGAUUUUAGUCCAGUAGAGCCACAUUAUUUUGCUGCAACAUGUUCUGUAAGAAUCCAGAUAUAUGAUCCAAUCACAAAAGUGGUAGCCAAAAAUAUAUCAAAGUUUAAAGAAGGCGCAUAUGGAGCAUCCUUUAGAAAUGACGGCAGGCUUUUAGUAUGUGGUAGUGAAGAAGCGGCUGUAAAAUUAUUUGAUGUUCAGUCUAAAAAUGUUCUUAGACUCUUUACAGGCCAUACAGCACCAGUUCAUAGAACAUUCUUUACAAAGGAUCAAGUAAAAGUACUUAGUUUCUCAGAUGACAAAUCUGUUUGCCUUUGGGAUAUUGCUACAGAAGAGAAACUUGCCACUUUCUCUGAACAUACAGAUUACAUAAGAGCUGGAGCUGCAAGUCCUUUAUCUCCUGAUAUAAUUUUGUCUGGUGGCUAUGACCAUGCAGUAAAACUUUAUGACUGCAGAUGUAAUGAAACAAUAUUAAGUGUCAAUCAUGGUAGUCCAGUUGAAUCAACAUUGUUUUUACCAUCUGGUGGUAUUUUUGUCAGUGCAGGAGGUACAGAAAUAAAAGUAUGGGAUUUAUUCAAUGGAGGUAAACUGUUAGCUAAUAUUUCCCAGCAUCAUAAAACUGUAACCACUAUAAGACUUGCAAGCAACAACAGUAGAUUGGUAUCUGCUUCUUUAGAUAGACAUGUUAAAAUAUAUGAUAUAUCCACUUUUAAAGUGGUACAUAAUAUUGAUUUUCCAAAUGCAGUUUUGAGCUUGGGUAUUUCAGAAAAUGAUGAUGUUUUAGCAGUAGGCAUGAUAGAUGGUGUUAUAUCAAUAAGAAAACGAGAUCAGCCUGUGCAAGCAUCUAAUGAAAAUAAAGGACUAUUCAAAUUUGCUCCUGAUCACAUUCUUACAUCUCCAGUAGACACUGUAGUAACUAAAUCAAAAGUAAAGACAGAAUCAGAGGCAGACAAACAUUUAAGAAAAAUGGAGUUUACACAAGCUUUAAAGAUAGUUCUAAAACCAUAUGUUGCUACAAAAUUCCCAGAAAAAACAAUUGCUCUGCUUCAGGAACUACUCAGAAGAAAAGUGCUACAUGUAGCUAUGGAUGGUUUAGAAGAAAAGUCAAUUGGAGCACUCCUAAGAUUUUUUAAGAAAAAUCUUGGUGAAACAAGAUUUUGUAGAACAAUCAUUGAUGCUGCAAAUGUAUUUGUUGAUGUUUUUGAAAGCAGAAUAUCACUGUUGACAACACAAACAAAAAUUCUAUAUAAAGCCAUGCAGGAUGAGUUAAAUUGUGAAAUUGAUGUAUGUAAACGUGUAUGUGAGUUAGAGGGUGCUAUUGGGCUGCUCUUAUCUGCAGCACAAAUUAGUAACACAGUUGAUUCUAUUGAAAACACAGAUGCAUUAGCUCCAUCAACAAAAGCACAAAAGGAAGUUAUUAUUGAUGUUUGA